AGUCCCAACUUCGACAGAACGCACACUCCAGUGAAAGUCGAACAGGCACUGAACACAUCAGCCUGUACUUCGAAUUUAAGACGGGCACACGAAGUUAUUAAGGAAAGUCUAGUACAUCUUCUGGGUUCGCCUGUCAUUUUCAUUGCAUUUGCACGUUCGUAGCCUGUCAGCACACGGACUGUCAGCCUGGACCACAGCUGAUUAUACCAGCAGGCAUCCUUCAAGGAGACCACAUUGACGUUGCAGUGAGUGGACAGACAUAGACUUUUCUGGUGGGAAAUCAAUGCACCUUGUCUACGACAGUGUCUUGUUCAUUCAUUCAUUAGGUUACUAAAGUGACUUUUCAUCGAAGGGGUAAGCGAAUUGAACUCAACGACUCUAUGUCUACAAAAAUGGAGCAGCUGUUUUAUCACGACGACUCUUUUCUCUUAUCUUACGGCCACUCAGAUGCUGCAUUGCACGACUACAAACUCCCAAAGGAGAAUAUGAAUGUCAGUUUCACUGAAUCUUAUAGGAACCUAAAACUACGAGCAGACACGGACCUCUAUCAAGCCACAAACGCUGACAUCGGCUCGCUCAAGCUCGCCUCUCCGGAACUCGAGAGGUUGAUCAUCCAAAACAGCAACGGUGUCAUCACAACCCCUACCCCAGGCCAGUACCUCUACGGCAGAGGCAUCACCGACGAGCAGGAGGGCUUCGCGGAGGGUUUCGUCAAAGCCCUAGACGAUCUUCACAAGAUGAACCAGAUGCCCCCGCCCAACGUGUCUAUUGGAGCCGGUGGUGUGACGACGUGUUCCGCGGCAGCCCCCGUGUUCGGCUCCUCCCUGCAGCUCGAGCCUCCCAUAUACACAACACUCAACACCUAUUGUCCCGGCGCCAGCCUCUCUUCCUCGUCCAGCUACCCCUCCACAACAAUCAGCUACCUGCCACCGCACCCUCAGCAAAGCCAGCACCAAGACCCCUCCGCACACGUCUCACACUCGUUCCAGCACUCUUUACCAGCAGCUGGACUGUAUCAACCGCGUCUCCUGGCUUUGAAAGAAGAGCCUCAGAUCGUGCCAGACAUGCACAGCAGCGACGGUUCACCUCCAAUGUCCCCGAUCGACAUGGAAUCCCAGGAACGGAUAAAGGCAGAGCGCAAGAAGCUGAGAAACCGAGUGGCAGCGACAAAGUGCCGGCGGCGCAAGCUGGAACGCAUCUCCCGGUUGGAGGAGAAAGUGAAAGUCCUGAAGUCUGACAACGCAGGACUGUCUAGUACGGCCUCGGUGCUGCGGGAACAAGUCGCCCAACUCAAGCAGAAAGUCCUUAGGCAUGUAAGCAGCGGAUGUCAGCUCAUGUUGACUAGCAAAAUGGAGGCGUUUUAGAUGAUAAAACAGGCCAACUAAGAUUCAACACUGGAGGUAUAAGACUGGUAAAGGCCUAUACAUUUUAGUUGUUCUGACUGCUUUGUCGGCAGACCUAAAAUAACCUGAAAUAUGGGACCAUGAGAAAUGGUAGCCUACUUCGGUGCUGUGCGCCGUUAAAGGGACCAAGAGAGGAACAGCUGUCGCUGUAAUGGUGUAGCACAAGGAAUGGGACAACGCAUAGGCUACCUCGGAUGGACAAGUAGCGAACCAGUCGGCACAUAUAGUAGCCUAUGUUGAUCAUCUGGCUUGUCUAGAUCAAAUGGGACUAUUUGUAUGUCACAAAUGCAAAUGAUACUGUCAUGCAAUACUGCAUUAUGAAAUGUGUAAAUUAUUUUUUGUUCGUCAGGUUGAUCCCGAUGAACUUCAACAAUGUCACAUGUUUACGUUUUAUAUUGUUGUUUGUGCGCUGUUUAUUUAAGUAAAAUUUGACACAAAAUUGA